AUUGGAAUGAGGUCGUGAACGAUUAGGCGGAAAAACACACGGCAUCUAAAAUCGACUUGAAAAACUCCUCACUGAAGCUGUUGGGUUGUCCUCCGGGGGGUUCAGACAUGAGCCUUGAGGCACUGGAGUCUGAUGCAGACUCUGGUCAGGAUGUGUCAGAGUUUAACUGGGAUGAUUACCUGGAGGAAACCGGGGCACUUUCUGUUCCUCAUCAUGCAUUUAAACACGUGGAUCAAGGUCUACAGACUGGCCUGGCUCCCGGUAUGAAGCUGGAGGUGUGUGUGCGGACAGAAUCAGAAACGGCAUACUGGGUGGCCACAAUAAUUACUACCUGUGGUCAGUUGCUGUUGCUGCGAUAUGAGGGUUACCAAGAUGACCGACGUGCUGACUUUUGGUGUGACAUCAUGACCGCUGACCUGCAUCCGAUUGGAUGGACCAAACAACAGGGUCGACCAAUGAGACCUCCUGAGGGUGUGCGUGAGAAGCAUCAGGACUGGGAGGCUCUGCUGGAGAAAGCGCUGACUGAGUCCUGCAGUGUACCUGCUAAUCUACUGGAAGGGGCCCAGCGAGGCUGUAACCCUAUAGAUCUGUUAAGUUCUGGUAUGAAUGUCGAGCUAGUGGACUGUCAAGAUGCUGGAGUGGUCUGGCCUGCAGUCAUAGAAGAUAAUGUAGGGGGGCGCUUACGACUUCAUUAUGCUGGCACAGAGGGGCUCCCAGACAACCAUUCCAUCAAAUGGGUCUUCUACCUGGACCCUUUGCUUCAUCUGCCUGGCUGGGCACAGGAGCACUGCUGCACUCUCAGACCACCAGCAGCCCUGCUCCCUCUGCGCACUGAAGCUGAAUGGGAGGAGGUGAAGAAGACCAUCUCCUCUCAGGCUCAGGACUCCAGCAUCAGUGACGAGUUUUACAGGGACAGACCAGCAAUCACUCCCCACUGCUUUACAGAAGGAAUGAAGCUGGAAGCUGUAGACCUAGCAGCUCCCUUCACCAUCAGCCCGGCCACCGUGGCAAAGGUGUUUAAUGAUCAUUUCUUUCUGGUGCGGAUGGACGAUAUGAGAGAGGAGGCACAGAAAGAGGGGGGUGGCCGCUCUUUCCUCUGUCACAGGGACAGCCCUGGUAUCUUCGCAACACAGUGGAGUCUAAAGAAUGGAGUGAAGCUCAGCCCUCCUCCAGGGUUCCAAGGCCAGGACUUUGACUGGGCAGACUAUCUAAAGCAGUGUGAGGCUGAGGCAGCCCCCCAGCAUUGCUUUCCCACAGACCCAUCUGAUCAAUGCAUUAAAGAGUCUAUGAUGCUGGAGGCCGUUAACCCUUUCUGUCCUGAAAACAUUCACGUAGCAACUGUUACCAAGGUCAAAGGUCAACAUAUGUGGAUUCGUUUAGAAGGUCUGAAGCAACCCAUUCCAGAGAUCAUAGUUCACACAGACUCCAUGGAUGUUUUUCCAGUGAGCUGGUGUGAGACAAAUGGCUACCCUAUUCUGUACCCCAGCAGGCCCAAAGUUGAGAAACAGAGAAAGGUGGCAGUCGUUCAGCCAGAGAAGCACCGGGUUCCAUCCAAAGACUCUUCACCUGAUACUACUAAACAACAGAUCAACAAUAAUCAGGCUGAGAUAGUGGGCCAGGCAAAUGGGAAAUACUGCUGCCCUAAGAUCUAUUUUAACCAUCGGUGCUUCUCAGGGCCAUAUCUCAAUAAGGGCCGUAUUGCAGAGCUACCCCAGUGUGUGGGCCCUGGGAACUGUGUUCUGGUACUAAAGGAGGUCUUGACACUGGUGAUAAAUUCUGCCUACAAGCCCAGCCGAGUUCUGCGAGAGCUGCAACUGGACCAGGAGGGCCGCUGGCAGGGUCACGGAGAGACGCUUAAAGCUAAGUACAAAGGGAAAAGCUACAGGGCAACAGUAAAGAUAGUUCGCACAGCGGACCAGGUGGCAGACUUCUGUCGGAAGACCUGUAUUAAGCUGGAAUGCUGUCCCAAUCUAUUCGGGCCACGAAUGGUUCUGGAGCGCUGCUCGGAGAACUGCUCCGUGCUCACCAAAACCAAAUACACGUAUUACUAUGGGAAGAAGAAGAGCAGGCGUGUGGGUCGACCUCCUGGUGGACACUCCAACUUAGAGGGUGGUGUAAAGAGACGAGGCAGGAGGAGGAAGAGGAGGAAGCAGCUCUUCGUCCACAAAAAAAGACGUUCUUCUGCCUCAGUUGACAACACUCCGGCAGGCUCCCCACAGGGCAGUGGUGAUGAGGAGGAUCUGGAUGAGGAUGACUCUCUGAGUGAGGACACAGGCUCUGAGCUGCAGGACGAGCUGAUGGAUGACUCUGAAUACUCUGAGAAGAAGUCACAGCCUCCCUCUCCUCCCGAAACCCCACGUCCCACACGCAAACGGCGCAAAGCUCGCUCACCUUCCUGCUCAGAUGAUGAGAACAGACCUCCUUCACCCAAGAGUCCUCGUGUUGAAGUUCCUCAGAAGCUUUCCUUGGACAGUAGUCCACUGGAAUGGAGUGUCACUGAUGUUGUGCGCUUCAUAAGGAGCACCGAUUGUGCUCCACUGGCACGCAUCUUCAUUGAUCAGGAAAUUGACGGUCAGGCCCUACUUCUAUUGAAUCUUCCCACUGUACAGGAGUGUAUGGACCUGAAGCUCGGGCCUGCCAUCAAGCUAUGCCAUCAAAUUGAGAGGGUCAAGCUGGCAUUUUACCAACAAUUUGCAAGCUUAGGCUGACAUUCUGUAGAGAGGAGUUGGACUAUGACAUUUUGGGUGACUUUCCUAAUGUUUGAGAUCUUUUCCUCUAUGGACAACAGAACCUUAAAAUGUACUUAGCGCUUUAGAGGCCUCCCUUACCAUUAGUUUUUCUACACAGCAGGCACAGUCGAGAUUGACUACUGGAGGGGCAUUUUUCAACAGGGUGAAUCUGGUAUGUUUACAAAUGGGCUCUCCAUCUCAAAUUAAGCCUAGUUCGGGACUACUGUUUAAUUGUGUGAUCUUUCUUUAAGAGAAUCAUUCGGCUCAGGGUUAUUUUAAACCUGGGUUAAAGGAACUGGUCAAUUCAGUCUCUGCAAGAAUAAGCAAAGCUCUUCAUCUGUUUUUAAAACCUUCAUUUACUGUAGAGCAGAUGACAAUGCAAUGAACUCAAGCACACAAAAAAAUGCCCAUGUACUGUAAGUGGUAUGCAAAAGUGUACAUACAGGAGUUUAAAUGUAAAUACUGUACAUAAUCAGAUGUUAAUGGGACUGCUUUAAUGCUCCCAUUUCGGUUUGGUUUUCUAUAAUAGCUUGGGAAUAAACAAUGCAAAGGUUUUUACAUGCAUGACAUGCCUGAAGCUGCCAUUGUAAAUACUGUAAACUAACACUUGCUUAUCCUAUUAAUGCAUUAAUGAAUAAAAGUGCAGAGUAAUAAAAAACAAAACGAUGAGGUGUUAUGGUUAAGACAUAAGCACACAAUUAUUUCAGGUUAUGUCACUGUGAUAAGGAUAAUAUAAAUGGUGGCAAAUCCAGGGUCUAUCAACACCAAAUCGAAAAGAGUUUUGGUACUCUUAAAAUUGUGUCCGCUUGAAAAAGUAAUAUUUUUAAUAUCAAGUAGAAUACAACAUUGUGUUUAAAUGCAUAUAUUGGAUUAAAUAAUUACAGGGGCCUCUAUGUUUUUGAUAACUGAACAUUAUAAGAAACUGAAUGGGUCUUGCAUUGCAAAUCUAUGGCCCUCAACAUUCAGAUGGAAUCAUUUGAUUUGUCAUAUAUGGAUUGAAUUUGAAUUGAUAAUGAGAUAUGCAACUGUCUCCCUUUAUGUAACAUCCUUUUCCCUUGCUCGUAUUUCUGUAAGCAUUUGUGCUGGAAAUGUGAAAGAUGUUUUUUGAAUCCUCAUCUAGCCAUGUUCUGUUUUGUUUAUAUCCCGUUGGUCAUUCAUUUGAUUCGUUUGUUGAAUUAAUGUUGCUUUCCUUUGAAUUAUAUGUUGGUGAAACUUUUUAUUUAAAAGAAAAUAAA